AUGCGUACUGGCGAGGAACAGUGCGUGGUGUUUUCUCGAGUCACCCGGGUCUGUAAGAACGAUAAUGGAGGAUCUCCCAGAGUUCUGGAAAGAUACUGGACUUCUUUUCUCAAGGCUCGUCUGAACUGCUCGGUUCCUGGAGAUUCGUUCUUCUACUUCGACAUUCUUCAGUCCCUCACCAACGUGCUGCAGAUUAACCAGAGGCCCGCUGUGGUGGGGGUCUUCACCACGCAGGAUAACAGUAUUCCUGGCUCAGCAGUCUGUGCGUUCUACAUGGACGACAUAGAGAGCGUCUUCAAUGGGAAGUUCAAGGAGCAGCGGACCAGCGAUUCCUCCUGGACUCCAGUCCCUGAGGAGCAGGUUCCCAGACCCAGGCCCGGUACAUGUACCGGUGAUGGUCCGGCUGUGGACUACAAAUCCUCGGUUCAGUUCCCCGACGAGAUGCUGAUGUUUAUCAAGUCGUACCCUCUGAUGGACGAAGCUGUUCCAUCUGUCAACCACCGGCCCUGUUUCAUCAGGACUUCGAGCAGGUAA